UAGUUUGUUUGUAAUGUAUUUUGUAAUUAGUAGUUACCUAUACGUGUAAAAUCCUUGUUGAGUUAGCAAUAUGAUUAAUUUUAGGUAUUUAUCUCUCUAAGUAUUGUGGUUAACCUGCUCUUUGUGCAUCCCGUUGUAAGAGUUUAUAAUUAAAGUUAAAAAAAAUAUUCUACAGUUUCUCUCAAAUAACCUGAAAAUCACUAGAAUUUUUCAGCUUUUCUACCACACAAUUUUUACCAGAGUCUCGCCCACAAAGAAGGAUGACUGAAAGUCAAGGUGCUUGGUCCACUGGCUGCCACGAGUGCUUCUCUGAUAUUUCAAGCUGUUGUUUGACUACAUGGUGUCCAUGCGUUGCUUUUGGACGGAUUGCGGAGAUAGUAGAUAAAGGAUCAUCCUCUUGUUUUGCCAUUGGGGCACUCUAUCUCCUCCUCCAUUGUACUAGAUGUGGAUGGAUCUUCAAUUUCUUUUAUCGUCAUAAAAUGAGGGAGCAAUAUAACUUGGAGGGAAGCAAUUGUGGGGAUUUUUGCAUGAGCUGCUUCUGUGAAUAUUGCGCCAUAUGUCAAGAAUACCGUGAGCUUAAGAAUCGUGGAUUUGACAUGUCCAUCGGAUGGGAUGAGAAUGUCAGUAGACGGACCCCUGGUGUGGCGAUGGCUCCUAAAGUGGAGGAAGGCAUGAAGCGUUAACUGCUGAAAAUUUCCUUCGUGUUGUGCUCAUAUUUUUAGUUUGAAUUGCCACUGUCGCAUAUACCGUGGAUAUUUUAAACAGUUUGUCUUAAAAUAAAUUCUCUUGUGUAAUUAAAGUGAUCGAUUAUAAUAAAUUAAGUGUAAAAGCCAACUCCAUGGAGCGAUCUCUUUGAAAAUUAAAAUUUUAUUUGAUGCUAAGUGUAAAA